AUGUGUAAUAAUGCAGCGCUGCACCCGGAAACCCCGGCACCAGCCAUCGGCAGCGAGACUGCGAGUCGCAAACACCAAGAGACGGCACAUCGUCUUCCAUGCACGCAGUACGAAUUGUUCAGUGAUCUGAAAUAUCUGGCUUCUCGCUCUUUACUGUUCCGUGUGUUGUUCCGGCUGGCAGACAGAUGGGCAGAUACAGAUAGAUCUGAGCGUUACUAA